CCGCGCCGCCCCCGCCGUGAUGCGGCCCCGGCUCCGCCUCCCCCGCUCCGCCGGCGCUGGGAGCUCCCUUCGCCUGUUUGCCCUUAUUUAAUUUCGAGUGUGAUUUUGCUAUUUUUAGCAGCUGGAUCCCCUCCAAUCCGCAGUCGCCGCGGGCGGGGGGUCCCUUCGCUCCGCAACACAGACCCGCCGGGAAAAACAAAACCAUCGAACCGCCCCCAAAACCCCACGGCGAACACCCGGCUCCGGGAUCAAGCUGACUACAAUGAGUGAAUCCAGCGCCAAAUCCAGCCAGCCCCUGGCCUCCAAAGGGGAGAAAGACGUGUCGGAGAAGAGGGGCCGAGGGCGGCCUAGGAAGAAGCCGCAGCAGGAGCCCAGCGAGGCCCCGACCCCCAAGAGACCCCGUGGACGGCCGAAGGGCAGUAAAAACAAGGCCACCACAAAGGGCAGGAAAGCUGCAGUCACGCCAGGGAGGAAACCUCGAGGGCGACCCAAAAAAUCGGUGACAGGACGAGGAGGAGGUGAACAUUUCCCAGGAGUCAUCCGAGGAGGAGCAGUGACACCUCCCGAACCGGCGCUACCUCAUCGCCCGACGGCCCCGCAGCGGCCGGGGGAGAGGGGCGGGGAGAGACCCACUGUGCCGCCCUGGCUUCCUCCUCCUCCUCCCUCCUCCGCUCCCUCCUCACCCUCAGACAACGGCAGCACUGGAAAAUGGCCCAACUCGGGCGGCCCCCACAGCCCCCGCCCGGGGGGGGCACCUGCCCCAGCUCCCCCUCCCCAGCCCUGGGCUUCGGGGCAGCCCCACUGGAAAGGGGGAUCACGGCAGAGAGCUGGGGCUGGCACCCCCCACCUGCACUGCCCCCCAUGCAGUGAUCUCACCCCACCAAAGUGGGUGCUGGCUGUCCCCCCCGCAGCACUGGGGCCUCUGCAGGGAAGAGAUGGGGAGGGGGCAGUGAAGGUGAGACCCCCCCCCCAAAUGCAUUAGACCUUAGCUCUGGCCCUGCUGCUACCCUGGGCAGCCCCUUUGUCCCCCCAGUCCUGGGUGACUGCACUGUGUGCGGGAGCAGCUCCCGCAGCGCUGCCGGGGCCCGGUGCCCACCCUGGGGUGCCCGUCCCCGGGGGUGCCAGUCCCCAGGGGUGCCCGAGCACCCCUUUCCUCAUAGGUUCUGGUAUAUAUAUAUUUUUUUGUUGAGUACUUUUUUUUCCUUUCAUUCACAACUACCUCUGGAUAUUUAAGUUCAACUCUCUGAACUCACAGACGUGCUGCUGCACUGCUGGGGCACUGUGGGCUCGGUGGUUCCUGUUUUCGGGGUGUUGCUGGAGGCUGUGGGGUAUUUUUUUUUUUCCCUUUUUUUUUUUUUUUUUUUUUUUGGGCUCCAUUUUUCUGGUUUUUUUUAAAUCGUUAUUUUGAGGUCUAGUUCGCUCUGCUGCUUCAAGGGAUCGAGGCUGGCAGGGCAGAGGUGCGGGGGGACCAUGGGGUGCUCCCCUUGCCCCUCUGCCCCGGCACGACGGCUGCAGCGGGACCGGAGGUCGGUGCCGGGCGGCCCCGGCGGGAGAGAAUCGGGGUUUGGUUUGGGUUUCUUUUUUGGUUCACUGUUAACGACCUUUUGGGUUCCUAUUUGCAGUUACUUGAAUAAAACAUUUUAUGGA